AUGACGACUCCCAAAUUCGCCAACCUCACCGCCGCCUUCAUCUCCAUCUCCAUCUCCAUCUUCCUCUUCCUCUCCUCAUCACCAGCCGACGGCGCCACCGCCACCAGCCUCAUCACCGGAACCUGCAAGCAAACCCCCGACUUCAACCUCUGCGUCUCCACCCUCACCGCCGACCCCCGCGGCCCCAAAGCCGCCGGCGUCCAGACCCUCGCCCUCAUCAUCAUCGACGCCGUGAAAGCCAAGGCAACGACGGCGUACGCGGACAUAAAAAGGCUGCUCAAAACGGCGCCGGAAUUGGAGGGGCCACUCAAGAGCUGCGCCCAACAAUACAAUGUCAUUUUGACGGCGGAGAUUCCGGAAGCGGAAGAAGCCGUGAGCGGAGGGGUGGCCAAGUUCGGAGAAGACGGGAUGAGAGGGUCGGCUAGCGAUGCCGAUUUGUGCGAGGACGGGUUCGUGAAGGUCAAGUCGCCGUUGACGGUGGAGAACAAGGUCGUUUCCGGCCUCGCCGCCGUGGGGGCGGCCGUGAUCCGGCAGUUAGAGUGA